AUGACAGUGGGGAACAAGUCGGAGAUUGGGAAUCAUCUUGCCGCUGGAGCUACUGUACGUACUGUUGUUGUAUCUACUCGAGCUUCUGAUGCAACUUUUCUCUUGGAAAUGUUCCCUGUGCUGGACAGGACUGGCGACGGCUCUGAUAGGACGGCUGGCUGCAGCAGUACACCUAGUAGAAUUACAAUGAAUGCAUGCAUGCCAGGUGUGCCUUGCGCCUUUGAAAUUGCGACGACGAUAAGAAACGGCAAGCUAGUGUUGGUAGACGAGCGACCAUCUCUUUCUAGGACUAGACUCGAGUCGUUUCCUCGAGCUCCAGGGCUGCUGCGCUUGACCAUACGAGGCAUGGUCCGGAAUGCAACCACGCGGCAGACCGGACGCAACCUGCAUGAUGAUGAUCAUGAUGAUGGCAAUGAUGAUGACAAUCAUGAUGCUGGACGAAACCUGAACGAAGUCUGUGAGAGAUCACGAUGA